GCGGACAUCUUGCUCUCGUGCAGUUUCUUUCAAACCGGUUGUAGUUAGUCGAUUUACGAGAUAUCAGAAUAAUCUGUUUUUGAAAGCUAAUAUUGAAAAAGAUUGCAUACGUAAACGGUUUUUAUGAUUUUCUUGUUGUAGGGAAACACGGAGUCGCUUUCUCAUGGAAAGACAACAGAGCCAAAAUUAGGCGGUAUAAUUAUUCCUGGUCCCUGUUGUAGUCGGUGGUAUUAAUUGAUCGGACCGAUGACGGCCCGAACGCGGAAAUGAAGCCGACUGUCAAUAUUAUUCAUUCUCACGGUUUUUAAACGAAACAACAUUUCACACAUUCGACUAAAAUUAGCGGGUCUCCUACUUUGUGUUAUCAUUUCAUAACUUCCCAUCGAUCCCACGCCACAAAUCGGUCCCUUUAGCAACAAGAAAAAUCAAUGGCUUCCAGGUCGCCGUCGUCCUCUCCGGACACCGCGACGGGUUCAGGUACCGACCCGGCCCGGCCAGACACCGGGGAGCCCCUUGGUGGAGCGGGUUCAGACUCGGACUCGGACUUGGGUUUGGGUAAAUUUGAUUACAGCGCCAUGGAGGCGGGGGACCGCCUGGAGGGUGAAGAACUGGUGCAGGAGUUUGAGUCUGCCGCCGACCGCGUUGGAGAUCUGGUACAAACGGCCAGUAGAGACCAGCUACUGUAUCUGUAUGCGCGGUACAAACAGGUCAAAGUUGGAAAAUGCAAUACUCAAAAGCCAGGCUUCUUCGACUUUGAAGGACAGAGGAAAUGGCAAGCGUGGAAGCAACUUGGGGACAUGGACGCAGAGCAGGCAAUGCAGGAAUACAUUUCUUGUGUCAACAUCUUAGACCCUGAAGGCAGCCAGAAGGAGAACCGAGGAGCAGAGAGACGAACGGCUUUCGGCGGCGCAGCGGUCAGCUCUUUGUACCAAGAAGAGACGAUCAGAGAAGAGGACAAGAACAUUUUUGAUUACUGCAGAGAAAACAACAUCGAGCACAUCAGCAACGCCAUCAGAUCCCAGAAAGUGGACAUCAACCUCAAAGAUGAAGAGGGCCGUGCUCUCCUGCACUGGGCUUGCGACAGAGGCCACAAAGAACUGGUUUCAUUUCUCCUGGAGCACAAAGCAGAUAUCAACAGCCAGGAUAAUGAAGGACAGACGGCGCUACAUUAUGCAUCCGCGUGUGAAUUUGGCGACAUCGUGGAGCUCCUGCUGAGCGCCGGUGCCGACCCAUUCAUCAAAGACAUGGAGGGCUCGCUCCCUGAGGAGGUCACAGAGUCCGGCGCCAUCUCUUCACUCCUGCGCCAGUACACCGCUCCUAAAGGCUAGCGGAAGCCACGCCGUGCUGCCCCUCCACUCCAGAAUCCCGUCCGAUACGUCAUUGUCUCAUCACCACAGACUUCCCAGCAUCCCUCACUUACCCGGAGAAAGACUUUGCAACCUCAGCAGCUUGUUUUUAUUUUUUUUAUUUCUUUUUUUGGUCCUAAACACCUCAGGUCGGUUGACUUUGCCAUGUUUGUCCUUCAUUUGAAAACAUGAAUUUUGACCUACUUCACUGACUCGGGUUUGCCGACAUUGCUCUCGAUCCAAGAAAUUCAUUUGUCACGAGUCCUGUAAAAUAAUUCGAUGAGGCAAAAAGCUAUUUUAUCUUCAACAAGCACUAUAGACAUUUCUGACCACUGCUUCAGGUUGAAGAUUCAUUCGUGUUUCAUUCCAAAUAAUAGUUUGUCUGUCAUUUCUCAACAUUAAAUUCUUGUAAAUGA